UGGUUCAAUUCUAAUUCAUCCACUUUCUCAAUCAAAAUUAUCGAAUUCAUACUCAAGCUAAUCCGAACCGGACCGGAGGUCAGGUCUUGGAGGGGAGGAUUGCCGCCGGUUGCCGGAGCUCCAAUUUGGGUUUCACCAUUGUCCAUGGGCAGCACGGCAGGAAUUAAUUUUUGAAUUUGCUCAAUCACAAGCGCCGGGAUAAUUUUUUUCCCCCGGUCAGUGGCAGAUCUCGCAAUUUUGACCAAAAGCUCAGCUGACGCUUGUUUCUCUUCUACCUGCUCCUUCCAAAUGGCCACUUCGGCGUUCAGGUCCACCACCAAGAGAACUCCCAUUGCCAAAUCCUCUGUUGCCUCCACUGAUGACUCCUCUUCUUCCAAUCGGAGUUCCUCUGCUCACCGCCGCUCUCGGAGCCUCAGCCGUUUCUCCCGGCCUAUGCCUCUGCCGGGGGAUGACUUCUCUACUGACGCGCCCGUUCCCAGAGGGAAGUUCGUCAACACUGUCAGGGGAUCAGGGUUCCCGGAUGUUACCCUCGAUGAUCUCGCUGUUCAGUUCUUCGAUUCUGCUGAUCGAGGCCGUUCUGCUUCGAGAAUUGAUGAUUUCAGCUCUGGGGAUAAAGUCAGUGUGUCGCAGAGAAGAGGGAGGUCUGUGUCCAGGCAUGGUUAUAGAGUUGGCGAUGGGAAAGCUAGUGGUGGAAAUAGCUAUGUUGGGGGACGGAUUAAUUCGGAUUAUAAUUCGAGGAGGCGGCGCUCCGUAUCUGUGGUCCAAUAUCAAAUUAGUGAUUCUGAGAGUGAUUUAGAUCAUUCUCAGAAUUCAAAACGUCAUGCUACUUUGAAGAGUCUUGGUGGUGGAAGCAGCCAGGUGCCAUUGUCGAAUAGGACAGCUACUUCAAAUCAUAGACAAGUACUUAGAAGGUCUCUUAGCCAAAAAGAUUUGAAGUAUCAGGAUGGCUAUUCUAGCCACUCUUCAGUGCUAACAGAUGAUGAAGGGAGGGAUUCUCAUCCCAAUAUAAAUGGGAUUGGGAGAACAAUUCAAACAGUUUAUGCACAAAAAAAGGCUGAGCAUCCCACUGGUGAAGAUAUGAACAGUGGGCUGUAUGAAGCAAUGCGAAAAGAAUUAAGGAAUGCAGUAGAAGAGAUUAGAAUGGAACUCAAACAUGCUAUAAGAAAACCAAAUACCUCUUUAGCAAGUGAUAACUGCAGGCAAUCCAAAAAUUCUGAUGCUCUGCAGGCUGUUUCUACUAUAAGAAGGAAUUAUGCAACAAAAAUGGAACAGUCUGAGAGGCGUAAACAAGAUUUGCUGUCAGAAAUAUUGUUGGAGGAGCAGCGUGGAAGGGAAAUUUCUAAGGCUGUGAAGGAAUUGCUUCAUGAUCCAAAUAACAGUAUUGGCAAUAAACCACUACAGGAUAGGAAGAAGAGCAGUGACAGAAGCAGGAUGUCUAAGCGAUUGACUGAGGAGGCAGAGAGAUAUUUUGAAGAUUUCAUUUCAAAUGUUGAAGAUACUGAUAUCUCAUCUUUAGAUGGGGAAAGGAGUGAUACAAGUUCAAGUUUAUCGAAGAUGCAAACUUUCCAAAGUCCAUUAUUGUCCAAGUCCAUUUCUGUUGAAAUGGAUGGAGUUGUACUGCCCUGGUUGCAAUGGGAAACUUCUAAUGAUACUUCUCCUUUAUCAAGCAAGAAAUCGGAAUCAAUGGCAAGUCCAAACACCAAUUUAUGGGAAGCAGCUCAGGAUGCAACCCCUAUGCAAGAUUCAAGUAACCAUUCCAUAAGUAGCUGUGGGAGUUGGAGCUCAAGAGUUCUAGAUGGCCAUUCCUCAAAUAUUGGUGAAGUUACAGGGAAUAGAUUUGGAGAAAAUGGAAGUUACUAUAGCCAAUUUUCAUCAGAUGGAACAAGGCAACAGCUUGAUGUUGAUGAGUAUCUUAAGCGUCAAAGUGAAGAAACUUUUCUCUUUGAAAGCUGGAGUCAACAACAGAGAAUUCAUUCAGGAAGUCUUCUGCUUUGUAAUCAAAUGUUCUGUUAGCUGUAAUCCAUUUUUACCAAUUCGAGGCUACACUUGUUUUUCUGUAUAGAUUACAUGAAUUCUCGUGGAGAUUGUUGAAAUUAAUCUCGAAGCAACGCAAAUUGGGCUAAAAUAUUUCAUUCAUUUUGAGGUUUAUUACAUUUA